UUUCUAACCCCAGUAAAUGUAACUAAACCACUACAAACCAUAAAAGUACCACAAAAUCAACCACUAUAAAGAGCACAAAGCAGCUAUGAUAUACCACAAUAAAACAACAACAAAAUAAUUGUAAACAAGAUGGUUGAUUAUCCUGGGAUAGACAAGACUCGAGGCAUAUGCCCAGUAACAACAGUAGAAAUCCAAAACGUCUCUCAGAAACGCACUCAGUGUACUAGGCUUGAUGGAAAUGUGUCUACCUCUGUUUCUGUUAUGGCUGGUGUACCACAGGGAUCUGUCUUAGGACCAUUGGUGUACAUCAUCUAUACCAGCAAAAUACAAGGUUGUCUUAAACAUUGUAUGUGUCACCUGUUGUUAGGGACAAAACCCCACCAUACUAAUUAUAAUGCGAAUAGAGGGUAGGUCUUGAGACAGUUCGACAGAACAUGUGUGACAAGUGUCCGUUCACGACACACAUGGGUGUAAAUAUGUACAUUGUGUAAUGUGUAAUAAAUAAAAUAUUAUAAAACUACAGUCCACUAAUUUAGAAGAGUAGAACCGCAUCAUUUGGUCAUUCGAUCUACCGGAUUAAGAAAGGAAGAAUAAGUUACGUAUUGACGUGUUACAUUAGACGGGGACGUCGAAAAUUUACCUACGUGUAGGGCGAUUCGAGUUAAGGGCAUCGCAAUCAAUCAAUUAUUGUGUUGGAGGCCUGUCACUGCACGCGGUACAAGACAACUUUACUGGUCGACUACAUUCCAGAACGUGAGUUCCCUCCUCAUUUAUUUUUGUAUUACUUCCUUUCAAGUUACCAUCUGUUGGCAAUAUUAUCCAUAACAUUAAAAUGGAUCCCAAGCAGUUAAAAUUGUUAAAAGAGAAAAGACAACAAUCAAAAUUGUAUUUUAGUAGAUUAGAAACAUAUAUUUUAGAAAGACAAAAUGUGGAAAUUACAGAUCUUGUUUACGAGCAAUUUUUAGCGCGUAAAGAUAAAUUAGAAACAAAUUUUGAAAAGUACAUUGACUUAAAUAUCGAAAUCUCUACUUAUGAUAAAAGAGAUAGUGAAGAUUCUGUAGAAGUAGAAGAGAAAUAUUUUGAAAUUAUCGCCAUUAUAAAUUCAUUAAUUUCUAAAUUUAAUACAACUAAAAAUUAUGUUGGUUCACCUUCGAGUAGUAAUGUUUCUAAGAAAUCUGGAGUUGUAUCGGGUCCCGUGCCCACAACCAAGCUACCGAAUGUAAACAUUCCAACAUUUAAUGGAAGUAGCUUAAAUGAAUAUAAACCCUUUUUUGAUUUGUUUAGCGCCGUAGUUGAUAGGAACAUAAAUUUCUCCGAGGUAGAAAAGCUAUUUUACUUACGCAGCUAUCUUAAGGGUGAAGCGCUGUCCUUAAUUACCAACUUACCGGUCACUAAUGAAUCCUAUAAAGAAGCUCUAAAAUUGCUUGAUGAUAGGUAUAAUAAUGAAAAUUUGUUAAUAAAUAAUCACAUUUAUAAAAUUUUAGACAUCCCCGCUUUAACAAAAAGCACUAGUUUAGCUAUAAGAGAGUUUGUUUCUCAGAUCAAGCAGCAGGUAACUGCACUCAAAAAUUUAAAACAGCCUGUGGAUAGUUGGGACUCAUUGUUAGUGUGUAUAUUGUCUAGAAAAUUAGAUAUGUACACUCAUAAAGGUUUUCAAAUUGAUAGGGAUAAUACUGUGUCACCUACUCUUAAAGAGUUCUUAACAUUUUUGGAAAAUAGAGCUAUGGCUCUUGAAUCAAUGUCUUCGUCCGAUGGCAGAUCUGAGUCACAAACAAAAACAAAACAACAAAAAUUAUCUAAUGUUACUGUUAAGCAGGCAAGAAAUAAUAAACAAAAAACGGAGUUAAGGUGCAUUUUUUGUAGCGAGGUAGGGCAUAAAAUUUAUAAUUGCACGAAAUUUAAAUCUGCCACUGUUCCUGAAAGAAAUAAAUUUAUAGAAGACAAUAAUUGCUGUAAGCUUUGUCUAAACAAUCAUUUAGGAAAUUGUAGAUUUUCGUUUAAAUGCCAAACUUGCAAUAGCCCUUCUCAUAAUACAGUGUUGCAUUUUGAAAAUACCUCAGUAAAUGAGGUCGAAGUUAAAAAUAGUGUAGGCUUAAUUAGCCGAAACCAGAAAAUUAGCACUACAGUUCUUUUGCCAACAAUUGUGCUCAAAUUUAAAGAGAAAAAUGGGGAAUUUUUGUUGGCUAGAGGUUUGGUAGACUCAUGUUCCGAGAGUUCUUUAAUCACGGCUGAAUUGGCUAAAAGAAUAGAUGGAAAAAUCUAUAAGGAAAACUUAACUAUUGUAGGGGUAUCAGAAAAUUCGCAUCAGGUAACAACUGCAAUAAACGCAGAGAUAUAUUCUUGUAGCUGUGACUACAAUAUGAAUGUUCAAUUUUCAAUAAUUGACAAAAUAACUUGUGAUUUGCCGCAUGCAGAGUUUUCAGUGAAUAAUAUACCUCAUAAUAUUAAAUUGGCCGACAAUAAUUUUUGUAUGCCUAAUAAAAUUGAAUUUUUAUUAAAUGCUAGUGUGUUUUUCCAAAUUUUGCUUACGGGUACCAUUAAAUUAGGCACAAAUGGUAUAGUAUUGCAAAAUACACUAUUUGGGUACAUCGUAAGCGGUGAAAUACCAGCAAUAACAAAAAAUAAAUGGUGCAACUUGUCUGUUUCGUUAUUGACUCGCAAGGCGCAAUCAAAAAAUAUGGAAAACCUAAUCAGUAAUUUUUGGGACACUGAAAAAGUACCCGAAGUUUUCCCUGAAUUUGAAAACGAUCAAGUUGCUUGUGAAAAUAGUUUCAAAAAUUCUGUUGUCAAACUUAACAAUAGAUUUCAGGUUGAACUUCCCUUAAAAAAAGAUAUUUCGGAAUUAAAUUUGGGUGACUCAUUUUCGGUGGCCUAUAGUAGGUUUAUCAAUUUAGAAAAAAGGCUUAAAACUAAUAGUGACUUAUUUAAGCAAUACAAAGGGUUCAUUGAUGAGUACCUACAGUUGGGUCAUGCAGAAGUGAUUGAUCUAAGCAAAUGCAAUCUAACUGACGGUUCCAACUAUUUUAUGGCCCAUCACCCCAUCAUAAGAAGUGAUAAAACUACAACUAAAUUUAGAUGUGUUUUCGAUGGAAGUAUGAAAACAAAAAAUAAUAUUAGCCUCAACCAGUGUAUGUACAAUGGCGAGGUUGUUCAAAAGCAACUUUUUGACAUUUUAAUUUCCUUUAGAACACACAAAUUUGUUUUUGUUACUGAUAUUCGCCAGAUGUACAGACAAAUUUUGGUUGAUCCUAAGCAUACUAAAUUAUUGAAUAUUUUGUGGAGGGAUACUCCUAGUGAGCCUCUUCAAUGUAUAAGACUAUUAACUGUAACGUAUGGUCUGCGUAGUUCACCCUUUUUAGCUACUCGAUGUUUGGUGGAGCUAGCGAACCAAGAGAAACAAAACUUUCCUCUAGGUGCAAGGGUUUUGUUAAAUGAAACCUAUGUAGAUGAUAUUUUGACAGGCAGUGACACGACAGAAAAUUUAAAUCAAAUAAAGGCUCAGUUAAUAAACAUUUUGAAAUUAGGUUCAUUUGAGUUGCACAAGUGGUCCUCAAAUGUUAAUAACGUAUUGGAGGACAUUCCUGUUGAAAAACGCCACCAUGACAAAAUAGAUAUUGCCAAAAAUAGUAACACUAUUAAAACAUUAGGUUUGACGUACAAUGUUGUCACCGACAACUUCGAAAUAUCUGCUCCAAAGUGUAACUUGAACAAAUGUGUUACCAAACGUCAAAUUCUCAGCUGUAUUUGUAAAUUUUAUGAUCCAUUGGGACUUAUUGGUCCAAUUUUGGUUCAAGCUAAGAUGUUCAUGCAAAGGUUAUGGUUAAGCAAAUUAAAAUGGGAUGAUAAGGUCCCAACCGAUUUAAUGAAAUUUUGGAUCGACUUUACAACCAAUAUUGAAUCGAUGGAAAAUUUAAAGGUUAUUGUGAUAGCUCUAUAAAUGCCUUCGGAGCAGUAGUUUAUAUAAGAACUAUAAAUAAUAAUGUUGAAACAAAUGCAGUGAAUGUUACGUUGCUUUCGUCCAAAUCAAGAGUUGUGCCAAUUAAUAAGAAAUUAACGGUACCCAGAUUGGAACUAAAUAGUGCGUUACUUCUGUCUAAUUUAGUAUUAAAAUUAUAUGAUAUAUUAAAAGAAAAAAUUAAAGAAGUAUAUUUAUAUUCAGACUCUACAAUAACGUUAGCGUGGAUAAAGUCUGACCCAUUAAAAUUAAAACCCUAUGUUGCAAACAGAGUCCUAAAAAUUCAACAAAACACAAAAAAUUUUAAUUGGUUAUAUAUUGACACAAAAAGUAAUCCAGCUGAUUGUUUAAGUAGAGGUUUAGACAUUCAAACAUUAAGUGAUCACCAUCUUUGGUGGCACGGUCCACUUUGUUUACAAGAAGGCACUUUUAGCCAUAAACCAAAUUAUAUUCCUCAAAUAACAGAUCCAUUACCUGAAGAAGAAAAAAUAAAACCAGUUUUGACAACAGUCGUUUUAAAAAAUGAAUUGUUUGAGAGGUACUCUAACUUUACUA